GUUGCGAAAAAGUAUGGCGUUGAGCGCUCAAAGCUCUUGAAGCGAUAUCGCGGGACUCAGGGCAGCCAUGCAGAGAAUAUGCGCCUCCUCAACAACCCACAAGAAUCAGCGCUUACAAAGUAUACCGAUGGACCCUGUGGAUAUGGUCUACUGCAUACGAGAGAGACGAUAUGA